AAAGCCCAACUGCCGCCGGAGACAAAUUGAUUACAGACCCAAAACCAGACAGCGGAAUCCGACUCACCCAAAGCACAUAACCUAAGGCCAAACGCCCGAAUCAGAUCGGAUCUCUCUCUCUCUCUCUCUCUCUCUCUCUCUUUUUCAGCUUUCCUUAAGCUCCGAGCUCGGAAAAUUUUCUCUCCGACACCGGAGGCGGUCGGUCCGGAUUCUCUCCCCUGCAUCGAGCUCAAUUUGAUUCAUUGUAAUCCGGACGAGAGGAGCAGUUGUUCCUUGCCUGUCCCCCGGAUCUGGAGUCCUGUUUAGUUCGUAUUGGUUUAGUCAGGCCUUGAAGACUAUACCAGCAGAACCUUGUGGAGGGAAUCAUAGUAAGAUUGUUGCAACAUUUGAUGGAAAUCAUAUGAAUUCAGAUUCUUGUAUGACAGGAUAUCUACAAGGAUCUGACCUAGUGUAGGAGGGACAUGUUAGCAGAUGAUCCAGGUCAAGAAGAGGUUGAUCAAACUGGGAAAAGCUACACUUUUAGUGCAACUCUAGUCGCAGGUCUACGCAGAGAGCCAUCUUUCUCACGUUGGUGCAGUGAGGAUUGUAGCAUUCACUUGAAAGGACCAGAAGAUAGCUCUGUCCUAAGUUUAGAUGAAUCUGAUUUUGAAUUGCCGAUUCUUCGACAGCAUGAGCUGCUAAAUGGGCUUCUAGGCGAGAGUAAACACCUGUAUAGUAAACGUGUUCCUGAAACCAUGCACGUGAAUGGAAGUCAUGACAUGGGUGAUGUCUCUAAACCCGUUGAAGGAGAUACAUCUGAACAUUAUGCAUCUUUUGAUGUCGAAAAUGGGUCUGCAACACAGAGACGCUUCCUCAAUAUUGAUGCAGAUGGCCCCACCUCUACCGGUAGUCACAAAGUGUCAUCACAAUAUUCUGAUAGCUUCUCUGUCGCUAAUGUGCUCAAAACGUUGUUUUUCAUACUUGUUUGGUACACCUUCAGCACAUUUUUGACCUUGUAUAAUAAAACCCUAUUGGGGGAUGACAUGGGAAGAUUCCCAGCUCCUCUCUUGAUGAACACUGUCCAUUUCACCAUGCAAGCUGUUCUCUCACGGGCCAUCAUAUGGUAUAGAUGUAAAAGACAUCAAAGUAGUGUUACUAUGUCAUGGAGAGACUACUUUUCAAAAGUUGUACCGACUGCACUUGCAACGGCAAUGGAUGUAGACCUCAGCAAUGCUUCCCUUGUAUCAAUCUCCGUUACAUUUGCCACAAUGUGUAAAUCUGCAGCCCCCAUAUUUCUAUUAUUGUUUGCUUUUGCUUUCAGGUUAGAGUCCCCCAGCAUUAAGCUCUUGGGUAUCAUGUCCGUUAUCUCUGUAGGAAUUCUAUUAACAGUUGCAAAGGAGGCUGCAUUUGAGUUUUGGGGCUUUAUCUUUGUUAUGCUUGCUGCUGUUAUGUCUGGGUUUCGCUGGUGCAUGACGCAGAUACUCCUUCAGAAAGAAGACUAUGGGUUGAAAGAUCCAAUUACAUUUAUGGGCUAUGUUACUCCAAUGAUGGCUAUGGCAACUGCUGUUCUCUCCCUCUUGGUGGAUCCAUGGCAGGAAUUCAGAAAGAACAACUACUUCAAUAAUGAAUGGCAUGUCAUGCGAAGUUGCUUGUUGAUGCUUCUUGGUGGAACAUUGGCCUUUUUUAUGGUUUUAACAGAAUACAUUCUUGUCUCGGUGACUAGUGCUGUUACAGUGACAAUUGCUGGUGUUGUCAAGGAAGCAGUCACUAUAUUGGUGGCCGUCUUUUAUUUCCAUGACGAGUUUACCUGGUUGAAAGGACUCGGUCUCUUGACAAUUAUGAUCGGUGUGAGUUUGUUCAACUGGUACAAAUAUCAGAAAUUGCAUGAAGGUCAUAGUUGUGAAGAUGAGGGAGAAGGAUCAAUUGCAAGAAACGCUGCCGCAAAAUAUGUUAUUCUUGAGGAGAUGGAGGAGCAAGAAGAUGGCACCUGAUCGCUUCACCUGCUCUCUUAAUUUGGUUCAACGAACUUCAAGUCUGCUCGGUGGAGCUCCUGAGGAUCUAUCUCAGCUUCUUCUUCUCUGGUUGAUUCGGUUUAACUUUUCAGGCAAGACUUGAAGUGGAUUUAUUGCAAUGACUGCAAAUUUUGACAACUUUGGGCAGGGAGUUCAUAUGCAGUGAGCAGUGGCUGCAUUAUUCUAUGAGGCUCGGAUAUAGGAUCGCCAUAAUAGCUUUGCAGUUGUUGCUUAGACGACAUUGAGUACUAUGUAAUUCCUGAUUCAUUGCUAUCCUAGUUUUUUUCUCUUCCCCCCUGGGUUCCCUCUUCCUUUUUCUUCUUCCGAUCCCGACCGUGGGAUGCUAUUUUUGCCUGUAUAUUGUACCAUUACGUAAGAGGCAUUUGUACUGAGUAAUGUUAUCUCCUUCUGCGAGUAUUGCCACUCUAACAAUGAAGAUGUAAAAGUGCGUCUCAGACCAAUGGAUACGAUGUUUAUGUGCCCAAAUUUUUCGGGGUUUAAGCUUUA